AUGGACCGCAAGACCCACGACACCCGCAGCAAACGCAAACAGCCCCCGACGCCCUCCAACGACCGGCCCAUGAAGCAGCGCCGCCCCCAGCGCGACGCCCAGGCACAGCCUGGCCAGCAGGACGCCUCCAUGAACGGCGCCAACGGCAAUGGCGUGGACGCGGACUACGACUCGGACGACAUGCGCUCCGUCGCCCACAUUGGCGCAUCCGGCGACACGGUCGAGUGGCAGCGCACCAUCGAAAAGGUCGUCAAGAACGUCGUCUCGAUCCACUUUUGCCAGACGGCCGCCUUUGACACCGACUCAGCCUUGGCCAGCGAAGCCACUGGCUUCGUCGUGGACGCCGAGCGGGGCUACAUUCUCACGAACAGGCACGUCGUCGGCGCCGGCCCCUUUUGGGGAUACGUCAUCUUCGACAACCACGAGGAGGUCGACGUUCACCCGGUCUACCGCGACCCCGUCCACGACUUCGGCCUGCUCAAGUACGACCCCAAGGCCGUAAAGUACAUGGACCUGACGGCGCUGGAGCUGAGGCCGGACCUUGCCCGCGUUGGAGAGGAGAUUAGGGUCGUCGGCAAUGAUGCCGGCGAGAAGCUCAGCAUUCUUUCUGGUGUCAUCAGCCGUCUGGACCGCAAUGCUCCCGAGUACGGAGAAGGCUACAGCGACUUCAACACAAACUACAUUCAGGCUGCCGCCGCCGCCAGCGGUGGCAGUUCCGGCAGUCCCGUCGUGAACCGUGACGGUGCGGCCGUGGCUCUCCAAGCGGGCGGUAGGGCUGACGGAGCUGCGACUGACUAUUUCCUCCCGCUGGACCGCCCGCUCCGUGCCCUGCAGUGUGUUCAGAACGGCGAGCCCGUGACGCGUGGCACCAUCCAGACCCAGUGGAUCCUGAAGCCAUUCGACGAGUGCCGCAGGCUGGGCUUGACCGCCAACUGGGAAGACGCCCUCCGCAAGAAGUUCCCCAAGGAGACGUGUCUUUUGGUCGCCGAGGUGAUCCUCCCGAACGGCCCUGCGGAUGCCAAGAUUCAAGAGGGUGACAUCUUGAUCAAGGUAAACGGCGAGCUCAUCACGCAGUUCAUCCGCCUCGACGACAUUCUGGACUCCAGCGUCGGCGGGUCGAUCAAGCUCUUGAUCCAGCGCCAGGGCUUAGACAUGGAAGUGGAGGUGUCGGUCGGAGAUCUGCACGCCAUCACCCCGGAUCGCUUCGUUUCGGCCGCCGGCGCCUCGUUCCACGAGCUAUCGUACCAGCAGGCCAGGCUGUAUGCCAUCUCCACCAAGGGGAUGGGCGUCUUCGUGUGCGAGGCGGCGGGGUCCUUCCGGUUCGAGGGUAGCGAGUACGGCUGGCUGGUCCAGUCGAUCGACCACAAGGAGACACCGGAUCUCGACACCUUUGUCAAAGUCAUGAAGGAGAUUCCCGACCGCAGCAGGGUCGUCGUCACCUACAAACACAUCCGCGACCUGCACACUUUAAACACCAGCGUCCUAACCAUCGACCGCCAUUGGCACGACAAGAUGAAACUGGCCCGGCGAAACGAUACCACCGGUCUGUGGGACUUUUCGGAUCUCGCGGACCGCAUCCCGCCCAAGCCGCGCGAGCCUCAGCGCGCAAACUUCAUCCGGAUGGACCACGCCCAGCACCCGCAAGCAGUCGACAUCGUGAGGAGCUUCGUCCGGAUAGCUUCGUCCAUGCCGCUCAAGCUCGACGGAUUCCCCCGGUCCAGGAAGGUCGGCUACGGCCUCGUCGUGGAUGCUGAAAAGGGUCUCGUGCUCGUCUCCCGCGCUAUCGUGCCGUACGACCUGUGCGAUAUUCAAAUCACCAUCGCCGAUUCCAUAGUCGUCGAGGGAAGGCCGGUGUUCCUCCACCCCCUGCAAAACUACGCCAUCGUCAAGUACGAUCCCUCGCUCGUCCAAGCCCCAGUGAAGACGGCCAAGCUUUCGGACAAGUUCAUCAAGCAGGGCGAGGACACCAUCUUCUUCGGCUUCAACCAGAACCUUCGCCCCGUCGUGGCCAAGACGGUCGUCACUGACAUCACGACGGUUGCGAUCCCCGCGAGCGCCGCCACGCCGCGCUACCGCGCCAUCAACCUGGACGCCGUUACCGUGGACACGAACCUGGCCGGGCAGUGCGGGAGCGGUGUGCUGAUCGCAGAGGACGGCACCGUCCAGGCCAUCUGGCUAACGUAUCUCGGUGAGCGUGCGUCUCACAGCGGCAAAGACAUGGAGUACCACCUCGGUCUCUCGACGCCCAUGGUCGAACCCGUGCUGCGCCAGCUCCGCAACGGAGUCCAGCCCAAGCUGCGCAUCUUGAACGUCGAGAUGCACACCGUCCAGAUGGACAAGGCCCGCAUCAUGGGGGUUUCUGAAGAAUGGAUACAGCGUGUGGAGCACGAGGAUCCCGAGCGCCACCAGCUCUUCAUGGUGCGCAAGGUCGAUUCCGGACACGAGGGUGGCCUGCUCGAGGGCGACGUCAUCCUGUCCUUCAACGGCAAGCUGAUCACCCGCGUUUCCGACCUCGACAUCAUGUACGACAACGAGCUUCUGGACGCCGUCAUCAUCCGGAAGCAAAAAGAAAUCAGCAUCAAGGUGCCGACCGUACCGACCGAGGAUCUCGAGACCGACCGUGCCGUCCUGUUCUGCGGUGCCAUCCUGCAUCGUCCGCACCACGCCGUGCGUCAGCAAAUCAGCAAGGUUCACUCGGACAUUUACGUCUCUGGUCGGAUGCGCGGAUCUCCCGCUUGCGCUUACGGCCUCGCGCCCACGAACUUUUUGACUCACGUCAACGGAGUACCAACACCCGACCUCUCUUCAUUCUUGCGCGAGGUCAAGAAGAUCCCGGACAACACGUACUUCCGCCUAAAGGUCAUGACUUUCGACAACGUACCGUGGGUCGCGACGAUGAAGAAGAACGAGCAUUACUUCCCCACGAUCGAGUUCGUCAAGGACGAGGCGGAGGAACUGCGUUGGAAGCGCAUCGUACACGAGUGCGAGGAAGGGGGCGCGAAAGAGAUGAUGAGCGCCGUCACGGACACUGCAGCCGGGGAGGAGGGAGCGGAAAUUCCGGAAAGACUCAAGUAG